AUGGAAAAGAAAGAUGAGACAUUGAUUGAGAAUUCGCAGUUUGACAAUGAACAUUCAAGCAUAGAGGCAUCCCAGUUUGAUGUUGAAGAACCUGACGAUAGGAUGUAUUUAGUUUAUAUUAUUAUGCUUAUACAUGGUAUUGGAGUACUUAUUCCAUGGAAUAUGUUCAUCAAUGCUAAUUCAUAUUUUGUAGAUUACAAAUUAAAUCCAAAUGUAACUGGCACUCAUGAAUAUAAGGAUAAUUUCAUUAGUUAUCUAGGAAUAACAUCUCAAUUGCCAAAUGUUCUUUUAAAUGGAAUGAAUUUAUUCCUUCAAUUUGGUGGCUCCAAAAGGAAUAAAACCUCGCAAGUUUAUAAAACUCAACCAAGAAUACCUAUUGCGAUCAUUAUUGAUAUUCUUAUGUGCAUAUUCACCGUUGUAUUAGCUUUUUUGAAUACAUCAACUUGGUCAAAGGUUUUUUUUAUAUUAACCAUGAUUACUGUGGUGAUUAUGAACUGUGCUACAGGAAUCUAUCAAAGCUCAAUCUAUGGCUUAGCAGGAAGUCUACCGAUGAAAUACACGAAUGUCAUAAUUAUAGGGAAUAAUAUUUGUGGAACUCUGGUUGCUUUGGUAUACAUAAUCGUGAUAUAUGCAUCUCCCAGUCCAAGAUUGGCUGCAAUAUGGUACUUUAUAUCGGCGAUAUUGAUACUUUUUGUGUGUUUAGUUUCUUAUUUUGUUCUACCCCGAUUGAGAUUUUAUAGACAUCAUUUGCGCACCUCGAUAACGCCUGAACAGAUUGAUGAAUUGAUAAAUAAUCCCCGAACCAGGAGAUACAAAUCUACCGAUUACUCUUCCGUGUUCAAUAAGAUAUGGGUACAAUGUUUCGGAGUAUUUUUUUGUUACUUCAUCACCUUAACUAUAUUUCCGGCUAUUCAAGUCCAUAUUGCAAGAAAGAACUCGAACUUUUUUAUACCAGAUAAAUACUUUGACGCUAUUUUGACCUUCCUCAAUUUCAAUGUCUUUUCAUUGAUAGGUAAUUUGAUAACCGAAAAAAUUAAAAUGCCCAGUCCUAAAUGGGUCUGGUUACCCAUCCUCCUGAGAACUGUUUUUAUACCCCUGUUCCUAUUUUGCAAUUAUCGUCCCGACAUUAGGAAAUUUCCGGUUUGGAUCAAAAAUGAUUAUGUUUAUGCCCUACUCGGAAUUGUGUUAUCGGUUACUCAUGGUUAUUUCAGUUCCCUGACUAUGAUGUACGCCCCUAGGUAUAGGCUAAUGCUAAGUUUAUCUACUAGUAGUAUAGAUGAUUAUGCUAAGGUAGCUUAA